GGCCACACUUCCAGGAUGGAGAAGCAGUUUAGGGGCUCCGGGGUGAUCAAGGCUGGCUUUGCAGGAGACCAGAUUCCCAAAUACUGUUUCCCAAACUAUGUCGGGCGGCCUAAGCACAUGCGGGUGAUGGCCGGAGCCCUGGAGGGGGACCUCUUCAUCGGACCCAAGGCAGAGGAGCACCGGGGGCUGCUGGCCAUCCGCUACCCGAUGGAGCACGGCGUGGUUCGGGACUGGAAUGACAUGGAGCGCAUCUGGCAGUACGUGUACUCCAAGGACCAGCUGCAGACCUUCUCGGAGGAGCACCCAGUUCUCCUGACGGAGGCCCCACUCAACCCCAGCAAGAACCGGGAGAAGGCGGCGGAGGUGUUCUUCGAGACUUUCAAUGUGCCAGCCCUGUUCAUCUCCAUGCAGGCUGUGCUCAGCCUGUACGCAACAGGACGCACAACAGGAGUGGUGUUAGACUCAGGGGACGGGGUCACUCAUGCUGUCCCCAUCUACGAGGGCUUCGCCAUGCCACACUCCAUCAUGCGGGUGGACAUUGCUGGCCGUGAUGUCUCCCGCUACCUCCGACUGCUACUGCGCAAGGAAGGGGCUGAUUUCCACACGUCAGCUGAGUUUGAGGUUGUGCGGACCAUCAAGGAGCGAGCCUGCUACCUAUCCAUCAACCCACAGAAAGACGAGGCCCUGGAGACGGAGAAGAUGCAAUACACCCUGCCUGAUGGCAGCACAUUAGACGUGGGACCUGCACGAUUCCGGGCCCCCGAGCUGCUGUUCCAGCCAGACCUCGUGGGGGACGAGAGUGAGGGGCUCCAUGAGGUGCUAGCCUUCGCCAUCCACAAGUCCGACAUGGACCUUCGCCGCACACUCUUCGCCAACAUUGUGCUCUCCGGGGGUUCUACGCUGUUCAAAGGCUUCGGGGACCGACUACUGAGUGAGGUGAAGAAGCUUGCUCCAAAGGACGUCAAGAUCAAGAUCUCCGCCCCUCAGGAACGGCUGUACUCCACAUGGAUAGGUGGUUCCAUCUUGGCCUCACUGGAUACUUUUAAGAAGAUGUGGGUAUCCAAAAAGGAAUACGAAGAAGACGGUUCCCGUGCUAUUCAUCGAAAGACCUUCUGAUGCCCAGGAGGGUGGAGCUUGUUGGGAGAAUGGGAGGAGGGGGAGCCAGAGGCCUGGACCCCUUCUGUUUGAGGUCCACAUUUCUAGGCCAAGGGUCCCCUGCAUGCCCUGAACCCCCAGGCAGGUGCUGCAGCAGUAUCUGCCUACAGCCCCACCUUGCACGCACACGCACACGCACAUACACACACACACACACACACGCACAUACACAUGUUUAGCUGCAUGGAUGGGGUCUCGAGCUGGAGCAUAGGAAUUGAGCCCACAUUGGGCUGCUCUGGGCUUCUCCCUGUGUGGGCCCAGUUAGGCUAAGGGUUCCUUGCUCUGAUUUUGGGAGCUGCUUCCCUUAGCUCAAGGGCCAGACACCUAAAAGCCUUUGUGUCCUCUGGCAGGCGCUAACCCGGAGCCAGAGAACCUGGGGACCUGGGAAGUAGGCUGGAGAAGGG